UACCAAAUCUUUUCCACCCACAAAGCAAAACACCAACUUGGUCAAAGUCACUUCCUUUUAUAUAACACCUCUCUUCAGAUCCUACUCUCACUAUUGUCUCAUUAUUAUACCCACAUUGUAAAGAUCAUCAUCAUCAUGGGAAGAUCACCAUGUUGUGAAAAGGCUCACUCAAACAAAGGAGCAUGGACUAAAGAAGAAGAUCAACUUCUUAUUGAUUACAUUCGUAAUCACGGUGAAGGCUCUUGGCGUUCUCUCCCCAAAUCCGCCGGGUUGUUGCGUUGUGGUAAGAGCUGUAGGUUAAGAUGGAUUAAUUACCUUCGUCCUGAUCUUAAACGUGGAAAUUUCACUGAUAGUGAAGAUCAAAUCAUUGUUAAACUUCACAGUUUGUUCGGAAACAAAUGGUCGUUGAUUGCUGGAAAAUUACAGGGAAGAACAGAUAAUGAGAUUAAAAAUUAUUGGAACACACAUAUAAAGCGGAAACUCCUUAGCCGUGGGAUUGACCCAAACACUCACCGUUCGAUGAUCCAACCAACAGACGAGGAUCUUCUGUUAAGGGUUGAUCGCGAUUACAGAUUUGAUAGUGUGGACAGUGAGCUGAACUUGGACCUCACACUCGGGUCUAGUCCGAAUCGAUGGGCGGCGCGUGACGUUUGUGUUUGUAACUUGGGAUCACGUGAACCUUGUAUAAAUUGCCAGACGGCCAAAUGGGUUCUUUAGUGUUUUAUACUAUAAAACAUCAAUACAAGUUGUGUCUUUUUGGA